AUGUCUUCAUUCGCUUUGAUCAUUGAUGCUUCUGCUAAUGACGUUGUUGAAGCUGUUUAUAAAGGCCUUACAAAAACUAGCAAAAAUCAAAGUUCUAUAGAUAUAGACUGUAAGUAUUAUACCGCUUCUGUUCAGUUGAAGGUAAUCAGUUCCUUGGAGUCCAUAUCGUCAACUGGUGAUGCUGAAUGUUUUAUAAUUUGCUUCGAUCCCGAUAAGCCAGAGAGCUUAAAGCUAACAUAUGAGUGGCUGGAAAUUGAUAAAGAUGAGAAAAUCCCGGUCAGAUUGCUAGUCUGUGAAACUCUUCCAGAUAAUUCAAUCAGGACUGAAAUUUUCAAGUUAGCUAUUUCCAAUCACUUUGAAGUUAUCCAGCUCGCACCACCUCCUGAUGACAUCGAAGAAGAUGAGGAAUUUGGUGUUGACAGAAUAUUAUCCGCCAUGACUGCUCAUGAAUGGUCAAGCUUGAUCUUAACAGAUUCGCGAAAAGAGCCCCAAAAGACCAUUUCUCAUGAUGAGCCAGAUUCACUAUGCUCAAAUAUAAAUGAGGGGGAAGGGCAGGAAUCCGAGAAUGAGGAAUUUGACGAUGAGGCCUUCAAUGAACUCUUUCCAAAACUCAUGGAAGCUCGGUCAAAGGCUGCCAGUUUGGAUUUCGAUAAGCGUCGUAAAAUGGCUGAAAGGAUGGCCGUUCGGUUUUGGAAAGCCAUGAAACUGGAUGAGGAUGAAAUUGAAGGAUUAUCUGACGGUGAUGACGUUUAA